AUGAAAUCAUGCUUCAGUAGGUGCAUAGAAGAAUCAAAAACCCUUAUAAAGAUACAAAGCAUAGAUAGGAUAUUCAGACGCACAUCUGAUCACAAACUAGGAAGCAUCUGCCAUCUCACGUGUUUGAAAGCAACAGGCAGUGGGAACAUAAAGAGAAAUGGUAGAUGGGGCUUUCAGCCUGUUCUUGGAAUGACAGAGUUCUUUUCAGUGCUCUUCUCAUUUGCAAACCUCGUAACAAACAUAGUCUGCUUUAAUAAGGUCUUGAAAAAGCAUCUCAGAAUGUCUCGAUUUGGAAGGUUAUACUACAUACAGUAUUACAUAUGCAACCUUGCAUUCAUAUCAAGCACACUUUUCCAUAUUCACGAGAAUACAUUGACAAGGAACUGCGAUUACUUCUUUGCAUUCCUCACAAUCCUUUUUGGAUUUUACAUGGCGCUUGUCAGGGCAAUAUCAAUAGCAAGUCCAGCAUUCGAGAUCUCAACAAGAAGGCCUCUUCAAAUCGCUUUUACAUCGUUCUAUUCAUAUCAUGUUUAUAGAAUGUCAAAUAUAGAAUUCGAUUAUGUAUACAACAAAAUUUCAUGCAUCAUCAUUAUUGGCUUGACUUUGGCCUCUCACAUGGCAAUAUUCACCAAGUACAGGAAGCAUGCACAUGCAAAACAUAUUCUUUUGUUCACAUUCUUUUUCUUCCUUGCUGGCGCAAUAGAGAUACAGGACAUCCCUCCUUAUGCAUACCUGAUCGAUUCGCACGCCAUUUGGCAUCUUGUAUCAUGUGUAUCUACUCCUUUCUAUGUUCUCUUCUGGAGUGGAGACGUUUACAUGCACUGA